CUGGAUGUAACUGAAAUUACCAUAGAUCCGGAUGCUUAUUCAAAAUUCACGCUUAUGAUAACUGAGAAAAUGCCGAGUGUGGUAACUCCCAUUUGUUUGUUUAACCGUGACAACGCAAUGGACUCGCAACUUCAAAGAGAAUCAACCUACUUUGAAUGGUCACCAUUUGGGAUUGCUCCACCUAUAACAGCAAAUGGGACGGGCCAAAGCAACUGUAGCAGCGUUCUUAGCAGCACAGAAUUGAGACGUUUGGAAGUAUUACAAAUUCCCAUCCAGAAUAUCCUGUGUGUCGAGGAGUCAAGUUCAACCGAUAUUGACAAUAGACUCUUGAUCAAUUUCUACAAAGGCCGGAAUUUCUUGAGAAGUCUAAAACAAGAUACGUUUGGCCGUUAUUACGUUGAUAUAUUGGCAUACAUUGAUGAGAUCGCAAGACACGCAAAAGACAUUUCUGUUCUACGCCCGAUUCCGGAAACAAAACAACCGAGAGGAUUCACCGAGCCAAACAACCUCAGUUUCCCAAACUGCGGAAUGAAACCGACGUCAAGAAGGAGGAAACGAGAAAAUGACGAUUCUUCCACAGAAUUACCACCGAUCACUGGCUCUAUUUUUGGUGGACAAAUGGCUCAGACAGGUGAUCAUCCUUGGCACGUUUACAUUGAGAAUGAGGAGACAGGAGGAGCCUGCGGCGGGACAUUGAUUUCGCCGACCGUGGUUUUGACUGCGGCACAUUGCAUUUAUGGAUCAAAAGCAGAGAACUUCGGAGUUUAUCUUGGGAUGUAUGAUAAAAGAACAAGAAGAGCCCCUGGUGUUCAGAGAAGAAAGCCCAGCAGGCUGAUCACGCACCCGAAAUAUGACCCUGAGGAAUCCAUUAGUGACGUUGGACUCAUGAUUUUGAUGAAAAAAAUAAAAAUCACCGACAAUGUCCUUCCGAUUUGCUUGUGGAACGACGACUCUGACCCUAACUUGGCUCGCGUGGCAGGAACUUACGCAAUGGCGGUUGGGUUCGGGCUUGUCGACAACCACACGCGCACAGAUGAUCUGCAAGAAGUUCUACUGCCGAUUAGAACUCACAAAGAAUGCUACUUGUCAAGCAGGAGUUUUUUCGGGAAAUAUUUGAGGCCAGGAGACAACUUUUGCGCCGGUUACACGAACGGAAGGACCACCUGCAACGGGGACAACGGAGGCAGCCUUUCCAUCGAAAAAGACGGCCGCUGGUUCAUCAGAGGCUUCGGAAUGUCAAAAACAGUGAAGUUUAAGGGCGAAGAAAGAUCGUUGUGUCACCCAAAUCAAUAUUCCUUGUUCGCCGACGUCGCAAGUUACGUGGACUGGAUCGUGGAAAAUACGCCGGACAUUUCAUUCCGGAAUUAAAUGUGUGUUUUCAAAAGAAAGUUUGCCAAAAGGAUUAAUGGUUAUUCAGUAGAAAAAUGUAGAUUGUUUGCAUAAUCUCUUAUCAAAAUAUUUUUGCUUUGGGUUUUUUUAAUAAUAAAUGGUUACAAAAGUU